UCUUUGAGUUAUGCCUCCCAAAUCAAAAUCGAGAUCGCAGCCUGUCGGAGUUGUUUCCAAUUGGAGAAUCUCGGCUCAGGAUCCGAGUGCUAUCGUCACUUUCCCGGAUUUACCGCAAUAGCGUGCCAGCAUGCUGUCUCGCUACUUCCUUGUUUCCUCGGUCCUGCUGCUGGUAACUGCAGCGGACACCGAGACGUGUGAGACCUGUGAUGGGGAGGCUUCGAGGAGCAAAAGCCUGCUCUCUCUGAAGGCUGAGGUGGCACAGAAGUCGGUGCAGACGGCGGAGAUGGCCGACCUCGCCGCAGAGCUGCUGGGCGACGGCGGGCGCAUGGACCUCUUCGGCGAAGCGGGCAACGCAUCGAACCAAUCGAACUGGACGAGGGUGAACCAGAGUUUGCACAACCUGGUCACCAACGUGAUGGCGGCGGAUGCGAACCAAACGAACCGGAUCCCCAACCCGGAAGGCAAUUACUCGGACCCCCAAAACCGCACCGGCAUGGGGAACCUGGCGCAGUCCCUGGAGUUUUUGUACUUGAAGGUCGCUGAGCUCGAAACCGCGGUCGAGCUGCAGAGCAUCGAGUUUCGCAUGGCCCGCAUCGAUUUGCACGCGGCGCAGACGGAGAUCCAAACGCUGAAGGACCGCUUGGACCAGAAGCAGGCCGCCUUGCAGCAGCUCAAGGCCCAGCAGAAGCACCACGCCGCUCUGGCGCAGCACGGGCACAAGGAGCUGGAGAUGGAGGAGCCCCAGUUGGGCCGCAAGCACCGGGAGGCCUUUGCCGGCAAGGCCAAGGAGAUGCACCAGGAACAUCAGCGAAAGAUGAAGGCAAAGACGCCGGAGGUGCUGAAGGACAUCAUGCUGAAGCACCAUCGCCAGCAUCGCAAGGACUGGACAGCAGAGAAGCAGGCGCCGAAAGGCCCGAAGGAAAGCCUGGUGGAAAGCCUGGUUCAGCGCAGCCGAAGCCGCGGAGGCAGCGGCCAACAAGAGUUGGACAGCGCAGUAUCCGCGAAGGUCGUGGACGACGUCGGGGGCGCCUUCGAAGAUGCGGGGAAUGCCAUUGCGGACACCGCCACGGACGUGGGGAACGCCGUUACAGAUGGCACCGGGCUGAUCGGAGACGCCCUUACAGAUGCCUACACCCAGGCGGCCGACAAGGUGGCUUUUGUGGCCAAUACCGUCAUCAACACGGUGGAGCAGGCUGUGUCCGUCUUGAUCAACGGCUUCGACUUCAGCGCGGGAUGUCCUCAUUGGGUGUGGCCAUCCUUGGCCGUGUCCGAUGAGUCCAUCAGCAUCAACUUCGGAAGGCAGAAUUGCGGCGUCACCUUGGUCGGGCAGCACCUCACGCUCUUCGAUUUCAACUGGGGCGUGCUGACUGUGGCCUAUCCGGCUCCCAUCGCUGCCAUGGUGGCUAUGGGUCGGAACCUGGUGAAUUGCAUGACCAGCGGCGCUGGGGCCUUCGACAUCUUCAAGUGCGUGGCGAAGACGAUCGGGGAGACCCUCCUGCAGGUGGUUCCGCCUUUCAGCAUCCUCACGCAGCUCUCAUCGAUGCUCUCGGAGUUCCUGGCCUUCUUCGCAGAGAUGGCCUCCGCCGCCAUCACGGGGGCCAUCGGGGAGACCACCUCCAUGGUGCAGGAAGCUGCAAGCCUCUCGCAGUUCCCAGCCAAAGGCGAUGCCCCGCGCCUGGUGAGCAGCCGCCGCGGCCUGGUGUCGCACGUGCGACGCCAGGAGACCUCGCGCAAGGUGAUCCACAACAAGCGCUCCUCCUUGGCACAGACGAAGGCCGAGCGCACAGCGGCAAAGGCAAAGGAAGAGCCGGACACCGUGGUGGGCGAGGGCGCAAUUGGUUUUGGAACCACAGAGGCGAUGCCCUAUGCCUCGAUGCUCAUCACGCAGUUCGGUGGCGACGAGUAUGACUCAGCCUCCUGCCUGGCCUUCGCGCCGGCGCACCGCACCGGGGCCAACGGCGGAGUCACGAUGAGGGACUGGCAGGUGCCCAGCCCCGACAGCCCGGACUUUGUGAAGUUGGAGCCGUGGGGUGUGCCCUGUGAUAACCAAUGGGCCAAGGACAACCCCGGCAAAUGGGAGGGCUACUCCUUCUAUACCUACGAGUCCGUCAUCGAGAAGUGCGUGGCGAUCUCGUACAGCAUGUCCGCCCAGCCUGUCCUGGCCUUCGUGGGGGGCUUGGAGUUCGACCUCAUGCCGGCGCCUUUGAUGGAGGUCACCACCGAGGUCUGUUGGCCGGACCGCGUGAGCGCGCCGGACCUCAGCCUCAUCGGGGAGCGGCGCAGCGGUAUCCCCUUUUCCAGCAGAG